ACGGAAUCCCACCUCCCGGGUACCCAGAGAGGCGUCGCUGCCCCUCUUCCCUCGCUCGGCGGCGCGACCAUGUCGGCGUGGGCAGACGCGGCGCUGCUCCUCGCCUCCCCCUCCCCGGCAUCCUCCUGCUCCCUCGCCAGGCCGCGCUCCAGCCGCCUCCUCUGCAAGGGCUUCCCUUGUGCCAGCCGUACUAAAGCUGGAUUCCAAGUUAAUAGUUACAGAACAAGGAGCUUUAAAGUUAGAGCAAGAAUGGAGUCUGGUGAUGGCGAGACACAACUUGCUCCGCUUAGAUUCGAAACCCCAAGCGGUCAACUUCUGGUGCACAUACUGCAAGCAGAACCUCACCUAAUACCUGUAACAGUUGAUCAACAACUUGAGAACCUGCAAUCGGAGAAAGAUGCACAAAAGGAAGAGGCCGCAAAAGUUCCCCAGGAUCUCCUUUACAAGAGAAUUGCAGAAAUCAAAGAGAAGGAGAGGCAGAAUACCCUAGAAGAGAUCAUCUACUGUUGGAUUUUGUUCAAGUUCAUGGAAAAUGACAUAUCAAUGACACCUGCAUUAUCACCAUCAGGUGGCCCUGUACGUGAUAUAACCACGUUGCCUAACCAAGAGCAUAAGCUGCAGAGCGUACACUCGCAAGAUGCUCUGGAGAUGAUACAGAGCCAUCUCAGUCUUAUAAUGGGAGAACAGGCGGCGGCACCACUAGACACUGUUGUUGAAAUCAGCAACUUAAAUCUUGGAAAGCUUUACGCAGCAUCCAUCAUGUACGGCUACUUCCUCAAGAGGGUUGACGAGCGAUUCCAGCUCGAGAAGAACAUGAAGACACUCCCACCAAGCCUCAAGGAGCAGGUAGUAUCUGAACGAGACCUGCAGCCCAAUCCGUUCUGGGACAUGGAGUCUUUGGUGCAGAUAUCGCCUGACGGGGAGGUUGUUGAUUUGGACGAUGAUGAGGAAACAAAUCCGAACAAGUUGAGGUCUUAUGUUAAGCGCCUGGAUGCCGACACAUUGCAAAGAUACGCCACCAUCAGAUCCAAGGAAUCCGUUUCGCUGAUAGAGAAGCAAACACAGGCCCUGUUUGGACGGCCGGAUAUUAAGGUGCUGGACGAUGGCUCCGUUAAUGCUCAAGACGGUAAAACGGUGACGCUUACGUUUACGGAGCUCACUAACCUUGUUCUGGAGGCUGCUGGAUUUGGAGCCUUUUUGUGGGAAGCCGAGAGCCAUGUAGAAUCUAAAUACCAUUUUGUUAACAGUUGAUUGUGUAUUUAUUAAUUCUGGAAAUGGUCUUAUGUGCAUUUGUUAGCUUAGGGUCCAGUCCACCUCCGACAUGUUUUUCAGUAUAGUUCGAUGCUCUUGCUCUGUACAGCAACAGCCAUGGGGCAGAAUAGGUCGAUGACCCCUAGAUCCAGACUGUAAUUUAACAGAGGAGCGGAAAGUAAAUUUUUGUCAAUGAUGUAAUAUUCUCUUUACAGUUUUGCU